AUGACAGAAAGAAAGAAAAAGAAAUUGAGCGAAGCACACGACACCCGUCAACAUAAGGAGAGAAAGACGACUAUGGAAGACAAUUCAUUGUAUCGGGGUCGGUUCGAUCAUGUUGGAGAUCGAAAAUUCAAUUCAGUUCGUAUAUUUGUCAGUUCAACAUUCACUGAUACCACCAAUGAACGAAAUGGACUUAUUGAGAGAGUUUAUCCUCGGCUACGUGAAUAUUGUGCUUCGAAAUAUGAUAUUCAAUUUCAAUAUUCUGAUAUGCGUUGGGGUAUUCAAUCCACUGCAGCAAAUACUCAUGCAACCGUUGACAUGUGUUUGCAAGAACUUGAUAUUUCCUAUCGCUUAUCGAUGGCAACGAAUUGUGUGAUUUUGUUGAGUCACAAAUAUGGAAGUCGUUUUGCUCCGGCAUGUAUCUCUUCGCGGAUAUUUCAACAUCUUCUAUCGAAUACUGAAGAGAAGAGCUUUCUGAAUGAAAUGUACCAAUUAGAUGAGAAUUAUUCAGAUCAAAAGUACUUUCUUCGGCCGAUUGAUGAUAAUCAACAGUGGAAUGAAUCAGAGAAAAAAUUGCAAGCAAUUUUACGGAAAGCAUCGAACCAAUGUUAUGAGCAAAAACUGAUCAGCAAAGACGAACGGGAUGAGUUUCACAUCUCAGUCACCGCACAGGAAAUUUAUCGUGCUUUGGAGCAUAAUAAACAGAAACCACAGCGAAUACUUUGUUUCUUUCGAGAAUUAAUUGAUAUCGACGGACUCGAACCGAUGUUUCACGACAAUGAUGAUAAAGCCCAGUCUCAACAAAUGCUGGACGAUGUCAAACAAUUGCUUCGUCAAUCGAUGGAUCCUUCACAAAUCUAUACCUACAAAUUACGAUGGAGCGAUGGCAACGAUCGAAAGAACUAUCUAUCGAAAUUCUACGAUGAUUUUUACCAUGCUGUCCGAUCGCAAAUUGAUUACCAUAUGAAAAUCUACGAGAGUAAACGCGAAGAUUUAUUAUUUAAUCAAGUUUUAGAACAUGCAAUUCAAUGUAAUCUAUUAACACAACGCUUUUUUCCUCGACCGGAUGUUUUCCAUCAAAUCAAAACGUAUAUUACAGCAUCGACAAAAUCUGCUUGUGUAUUAUUUGGACACUCCGGAAUCGGUAAAUCAUCAAUUAUGGCAAAAGUCGUUAAUGAAAUUCCCAAUUGGUAUCCCAAACCGAAUCAUGUUUCUGUUGUCGUUCGAUUUCUGGGUGCCACUCCAUCAUCCAGCGAUAUUCGCCGUCCACUCAUAUCGAUUAUUCAACAAAUAUGUCAUAUUUAUCAUUUGAGUGUCCCAUCGAGUUUCGAAAAUGUUAAAGAAAUCUUUACGAGUACUUUGACACGUGUUCCGAAAGAAGAAAAUCUCGUUCUUCUUCUUGAUUCGCUCGAUCAAUUACAGAAAGUUGAUGUAAUGCAUUUAUCCGAUUGGUUACCGGAAAGCUUCCCGUCGAAUGUCAAAUGUAUCUACUCAACAAUUCCGGAUAUAGAAAUUGGGUUAGAACGAACGAAAAUCGAGAUUUACCUCCAACUGAAAGCAAUCUAUCCGGACAAUUUAUUCGAGAUAGAAAUCAAACCAUUCGAUGAAAAUACAGCUGAAGAAGUCUUACGAUCUUGGCUGCAACAAGACCGACGUUGUUUAACACCAGUUCAAUACGAAUGGAUCAAACCGAAACUAACUCGGCGACAUCAGAUCGAUCCACUUUUCCUUUCGCUUCUCUACGAUCAAACAUUAACCUGGCAUUCGUACAAUCAAACUCCCGACGCGAAAUUUUUAUCUAUUGAGUAUACAGGUGAUGCCAUUGAAUACUUGUACAAUCAGUUAGGUGCAAAACAUGGACAAAUCUUAUUUCAUCGUGCUAUACAUUAUCUUCAAUUGUCCGGUGGUUUGAGUGAAGUCGAGAUCGAAGACAUUCUUUCGUUAGAUGAUGUCAUUCUACAAUCAGUUUUUGCGCAUUAUUUGCCACCGUUAGAAUCGUUUCGUUUACCAUCGAAUCUGUGGAUUCGUAUUCGAAAUGAUAUGCAUAAAUAUUUGGUUGAAAAGGAUAUCGACGNAUGA